AUGGGAUUCCUGGGACAGAAAUGCAGCAUAUUUGCCGCUCAAGUUGCCUCGGCCCUUUGGCCUUCAACAAUCAGGCCGUGGGAGAAAAAAUCCAGCUUGAGCCAGGGAUGUCGACUCGCUAAGAGGGCUGGAAACACAUUCAGGAAUGGCCUGGUGUUCAGCAACCGUCCCGUGGGGAUCCGGGAGAGGAUUUGUCUGAGAGUGCUGGAGAAUGUGCAUAAAUGGGAAGGUGCCCUGCGUGUUGGCUUCACCAGCCUACCGCCCACCGACAGAAAUCUGCCGCUGCCCAGCAUGGCCAUCCCUGACCUCACCGAAUGCCCCGGCCACUGGGCCGCUCCUCUGCCUGAAUUCUACUGUCAAGCAGCCAGCAGACACUCCCACUUCACCACAAACCUGCCAAGAGACAGACCUGAACACAACUUUCCUCAGGACGCAAUGAAGUUGAAGUCAAAGCCCGUUCCUGGGACAGAUAUGCAGCAUAUUUGCCGCUCACGUUGCCUCGGACCUCUGGCCUUCCACAAUCAGGCCGUGGGAGAAAAAAUCCAGCUGAGCCAGGGAUGUCGACUCGCUAAGAGGGCUGGAAACACGUUCAGGAAUGGCCUGGUGUUCAGCAACCGUCCCGUGGGGAUCCGGGAGAGGAUUUGUCUGAGAGUGCUGGAGAAUGUGUAUAGAUGGGAAGGUGUCCUGCGUGUUGGCUUCACCAACCUACCGCCCACCGACAGAAAUCUGCCGCUGCCCAGCAUGGCCAUCCCUGACCUCACCGAAUGCCCCGGCCACUGGGCCGCUCCUCUGCCUGAAUUCUACUGUCAAGCAGGUUCAGAACUGGAGUUCUGGGUCUCUGCUGGUGGCAGUUUUCAUUUCUCAGAUAAGAACAAAGGGGAGCACAAGCUGUUAACUGGACUGGACCUCAGCAAGCCACUUUGGUUCAUGAUAGAUAUCUAUGGGCAGGCCAGCUCCAUAUUCCUCUUGGGUUCACAGAAAAAGGGGAAACUUUGCACACAAAAAUCCUGCCCUGCACCUGGACCUGAAUCUCUCACCAUACCUGAUAAUGGCUAUGACCACAGCUGGAAUCCUGAUGUUUCAAGUCUUAGUGGACAUAGUGAAGACAGCAUUUCCAGCCUUAACCUCAACAUCCCACCAGGUAACAAAGUGUUCCUUCUUAAUGAUGAAUCUUCUCUUCUGGUCACAGGGGAAAGCUGUGUGACGUGCUUGACGAGAGAGGCCACAGUCACACUGCCCUGUGCACACAAGUGCCUGUGUCAUCACUGCUUCCCCAAAGUCUUGCAGGAGUUCGGUACCUGCCCGCUGUGUCGAACGGAGAUCAACGUUUCCUCAGUGGUGGAGCAGCGUAUCUCUGUCUGAGCUCUAAAACUUUGAGGCAGCAAGCAGCAAGCGUAAACUGCUGAGUGACUGAAAAUGCUGUGAAUAGCACCAAUUGAAUGUAUUUCGAUACACUAACUAAAUAAUCAGGGAUUUCUGCUCCCACUGUGUCCCUGACUGAAGAACUGUGAAACCUGGAAGCUGUUUCCUGAUGUGUAAAUACUGUACAAGAUGUGUAACAUAAAAUCUAUUGAGAUGUGGAUGUUAAGAUACUAAGCUUGAAAAUGUACCAACUGUGAUUGUAGAAAUGUUGAAAGACU